ACAUCAAAUCAUUUCUCUAUCUUGUUAGUUAAUUGACUCGAGUCCUGUCUCGCCUCCCCGUCUCUAUAUCUCCUUUCAACAUAUCCACAGUUUACCAUACCCACACUCUCAUUCAAUCUGUCGUUCUACACAAUGCUUUUACACAGUUUAUUUCUACACAAGUAGAUUACUAUAUUAUACUGGUAAUAAUUUAGAAAGGGGAUUCGACCAAUGCAGUGGUUGCUAAAAAAAAACAACCUGUGGUACCGAAUAUUAUAACACAAACGACAGCUGUUAAUGGAAACUAAACGUUCCUUUAAGAAUAGUCAAUUUGAAGAAUUACUCCCAGACCAGGUGUAACAAUGUAAGGAGACUAAUUAAUUAGACAAUCAGGGGACUAAACGUCUCUGUAAUAACAGUAUAAUGCUGAUUGUGGUAUUUAUGUUGAUAACUUUAGGUUUGACAGUUUCCAAUUAUCCAGUAAAAGGUGAGGCACACAGGUGUAUAUUAGAUGGUAGAAAAUAUGAUGUUGGUGAGACUUGGAACCCUACUUUACAGCCUAUAGGUACCAUGCCGUGUGUUAACUGUACGUGUUUACAGGGCGGUAAAGUGGAAUGUAAAAGUGAGAAAUGUCCUAGACCCGAUUGUCCAGAACCAGAACAUCCACCAGGACAAUGUUGUCCAGUCUGUAUAGACUAUGCCAACCUUCCUCCUACAGACCAGGUAGAGGAGGAUACCAAGAGCAACGAACCACAACCUGGGUGUAAAUUUGAUGGAGAAGAGUUUGAAGAUGGAGAAGUUUUCCCCUCAAAUAAAACUGGUUUACGCUCAACUAGAGAUGAACAGUGUGUUAUGUGUGUUUGUUUGAAAGGUCAUCUGUUGUGUCAUCUGAAGACUUGUUUACCUGUAAAAUGCAAGACAUUGGUUACAACACGUGAUGACUGUUGUCCGAGGUGUGGAGAAAUGUAUUUUCAAGACGAGUUGAAUUAUGAAGAUUAUCUCGAUUCCGUUCUUUCAGAUCCAAUACCAAAAAAUAUGUCAAAGGCUGAUUGUCGUGCUAUGGGAUAUAAAGAGAACAGUUCCUCUUGGCAUCCUGUUGUUAGUGCAUUUGGUGAAAUGAAUUGUAUAACCUGCAGAUGUCUGAAUGGUAAAGUUGAUUGCGCUAGAGAAACAUGUUUACGAGACGACCAACUACCGUGUAAACAGCCCCGACGUGUCCCGGGUGAUUGUUGUAAAACAUGUACUAAACGAAACAAACAUAGAAACAAAAACAGGAGGAAAAACAAAAAAACAAAAAAUGGAAAGAAGAAAGAUAAAUCAAAAAAGAAGAAGCGAAGAAAAAAACAACCAACGUCGUCUGUAAGUGAGAUUACAACUGGAAUGUGGAAUAAAACGAAAGUUUAUCCAUGUCUAGCUAAAAAAUCUGAUCGUUUUAUAUAUUUUGAAGAGAAAGGUGAUUCUAUGAUUUUAGCUUUUAAUUCACCUAAAGAUGAUAAGGUAGAGAUAAAUACCUGGACUGUUAAAAAAGAAUGUGGUCCCCAUUGUGCCUAUAAAGAUUGGAACCAACGGAAUGUUGAGCAAAAAGCUACAGUCUGUGAUGUUAGAGCCAUUUAACAUUGAAGUCAAUUGGCAAAUAAUUGCUAGUCUGAGUCCUUUUGGUUGGAAGAUUAAGAUGUAGCCUGUAACUGGACAGCCUGGACUGAGCACCUGUUUUGAGUAGCCAUUUUACCUUUAGCCAUAUUAUCACCAUUUUUAUCUGUACAUUUAUAUUUUCAUAUUUCAAUUCAAGAUUGGGAACAUUCAAAAUAUUUGUAAGUUCGAUGUAAUAUUGUUAGGACUCAUUUUGAAUACCUAUAUGGCUAAAUAUGAUCAGGUUAUUUAUCUGUAGUAUUAAGUAAGAUUUCACUUCAUAACAGGGCAUGUGUGAUAACCUAGAUUCCCUGCCUUUGUAUCGACUUAUUCUGUCCCGAACUGGCUCUCCCCUUUAUAUUCUAUAUGAAAUAAGUACUAAUAAGCUUUACUCUUCUCGUCGUAAUAUACUCAAAGCCAUUAAAAACGCAAUGCCUAAUUCGUGAAAUAUUUCUGGUAAACGUUUUUUUGGGCUUUCCCAUCUUAUGGCACAUAGGUGAAACUUGUGAUGGGUCUCUUUUAGUGGAGUUCUGGGUUUGGACCCAAUAUCAGUUCUCGGUAAUGAACUUUGUUCGUGCAAACGCAACACUUGUCUUUUUUCACGAUUUUAAGCAGUCCUAUGUCACACGUUUUGCACGUACAUUCCCUGCACUCUGGCCCUUUAAAUACAGAUUAAAAUUUCAACAUUCAUCACUUCGGAAAAAUGUCACGCCUUACACAAGAAAACAGGAACAGAGCUAUUGGCAUGCUCAAGAUCGCCACAUCCGACUACAGAAUCUGCGCAACAGGUUCCAGUCAGCUACUGCUACUGCCAGAGGUUACUGUUGGAACACGGCAACGUCAGGUCAGCCCUCAAACAGUCCGAAGGCGCCUGGCUGCUCUUGGGUUACGCUGCCGUCGACCAUACCAAGGUCAAAUCCUUCUGCAUCGUCAUCGACUUGCCACAGAGCAACGGGCCGCAAAUCAGGGGUAUCUGCACAACACACCAUGUCGAAAUGUCAUCUUCUCGGAUGAAUCCAGAUUCAACCUCAAUUUUCCUGAUGUACGUCAACGUAUCUACCGUCGUCGACAUGAACGCUUUGCUCGUAACCCGAUCGAACACCUUUGGGAUGAACCUGCACGACGGGUUCGAACUCAAGCCGUGCCACCACGAACUGUUGCAGAGUUGGCACUGGCAUUCCAAAAUCAUUGGUAAACAAUCCCACAGCGUGUAGUGAGACAUAUGUGCCAGUCCAUGCCAAAGCGACUUCAGGCAUGUGUAAGAGCUCAGGGUGGACAUACCCGAUAUUGACUCCAGCUGACCCCUGCUUUGUUCCUUGGUUCUCUGACGUUUCGGUUCUGUGCAUUUGUAGUGAAUACUUUCAUGAAAUUAACCACAGAUGCUUGUUAUCUCGAUUUUGUCAAUUGUUAUGUACAUUUGUUAAAAGUUGUUGCAGUAAAUAAACUUUGAAUUUGGCAUUGCGUCUUUGUGGCUUUGAGUGUAUUAUGCAAUAAUUCAUAAAAGGGCUAUAAGUUCAAAUACAUUUAUUACAUUGUGUACAUCUACUUAUACAAACAUUGUUGUAUUUUGCAGAAA